AAUGACGUCAGCGGACGUCCGGGCCUCUUUAGGAUCCUGCAUUCCUUCGCCUUGGAAGCUUGCACGGGAGCUUCCCCGCUUUGCAAGGAGAGCAAUCCAGACGUGACUCAGCAGUACCAAAAUAACGUGUGAGCAAAGAGGGGGUGAAGAAGCUGUUGAGCCUUCUCCAGGGCUUCCGCACAAUGUAGUUCCCUGGAAUGAAAAGACCCUUGGAGAACCGCAAGACUACUUAGCUACAUUUGAAGUUGUGCUAGAGGAUAGAGAAAAUGGAGGAAUAUCUGGCGUUUGAUGCAGCUGAAAAAGGCCCUCUAGAUGCUCCUUCUUGGACCUAUAGGGAUAUUUGGGCAAAAACUGAGCAGAAGGUCCUAGAGGAGGACACUAUCAGUUCAGAGGUCCAGCACAGGCUCUUCGGGAGUAUCCAGUACCAAGAUUCUAAGGGGCCCCGGGAAAUUUGCAACCACCUUCACCACCUAUGCCGUCAAUGGCUACAACCAGAAAGACACACUAAAGCUCAGAUGUUGGAUCUGGUGAUCCUGGAACAGCUCCUUGCCAUCCUGCCCCCAGAAAUUGAGAGUUGGAUUCGGGAGUGUGGAGCAGAGACCAGUUCUCAGGCGGUGGCCCUGGCUGAAGGUUUCCUCCUGGGCCAGGUGGAAGAGCAGAAGAAGACAGAGAUGCAGAAGUCAUUCUUGGACAUGGUCCCUGACGAUUCCAAGAGAAUGCAAGAUCCAUCAAAUUCCUCUCCAAAGCAUCUUUCUAGGAAAUUCUCCAAGGAAAUUCAACAUGAGGACACUUCGCCGGAAGAUAGAACAGUUCCACUGAUAUUUCUAGGAUCCCCUCCUUGUACCGGUGGAGCUGAAAAAGUAACCGAACCAGCUGUUCAGGAGAGUCUUGUGUCGUUUGAGGAGGUGGCGGUGUAUUUCUCUGAGGAGGAAUGGUCUGAGCUGGAUCCACACCAAAAAGCCCUCCACAGAGAAGUCAUGCAGGAAAAUUCCCAGAAUGUGGCCUCUUUGGGAGCCAAUGAGCAGCGGAACGAGACUUGUGAGAAAAUGCUCCAGACAGUUUGGCCUGGGAAGGGAGCAGAAAAAAUGGCUGAUCAGAAGGAAACAGAAUGUUGCCAAAGGAAUUUAUCACAAAUUGGAAAUCAGGAAAGCUUAGUUUCCCAGCCUUUUUGGAGUAUAAAUGAUUUUACUGCACAACAGAAUCAAACCGGAAUAAAAAAUGAAGAGUAUUUUGAGAACAGAGUGAAAACAUUUGAAGAGAAAUCAAAUAUAAAGAACUAUUACCAAACUCAUUCUGUAGAACAAUAUGGAUACAAGGAGGGUGAAAAAGGUCACAGUGGGACCCUUAUUCUUCCCCUACCUGGAAAGGAAAGUAUGGGAAAUAAACCCUAUAAGUGCACAGAAUGUGGAAAGAAUUUCAAAUGGAAUUGUCUGCUUAUUUCCCACAAACGGAUCCACACAGGUGACAAACCAUACAAAUGCACGGAGUGUGGAAAAAGCUUCAACAAGAACUGUUUCCUUAUAUAUCAUAAAAGGAUCCAUACAGGAGAGAAACCCUACAAAUGCACGGAGUGUGAGAAGGCCUUCAGUCGCAGGAGCACCCUUACUCUCCAUAAGAAGAUCCAUACAGGAGAGGAAGGCUAUAACUGCACAGAGUGUAAAAUGAUGUUCAGAAAGAGAAGCCAGCUUAUUUCCCAUAAAAGGAUCCAUACUGGGGAGAAACCAUAUAAAUGCAUAGAGUGUGGAAAAAGCUUCCAGCUAAUUAAGUCCCUUACUUCCCAUAAGAAGAUCCACACAGGAGAGAAAACCUAUAAAUACACAGAGUGUGUAAAAAACUUUAGUCAAAGCAGUCAACUGAUCUCCCAUAAAAGGAUUUACUCAGGGGAGAAACCGUAUAUAUGUACAGAGUGUGGAAAGAGCUUCACUAAGCGGAGUCGUCUUGUUUGCCAUAAAAUAAUUCACACGGGGGAGAAACCAUUCCAAUGCAUGGAGUGCGGAAAAAGUUUCAGCCAGAACAGUUACCUUCGGUCCCAUAAAAGGAUCCAUACAGGAGAGAAACCCUAUAAAUGCACGGAGUGUGAAAAGACCUUCAGUUGGAACUGUGACCUCAUUUCCCAUAAAAGGAUCCACACAGGUGAGAAACCGUACAAAUGCACAGAUUGUGGGAAAAGCUUCAGCAAGAACAGUUCCCUUACAUCCCAUAAAAGGAUCCAUACGGGAGAGAAACCCUAUAAAUGCACCGAGUGUGAAAAGACCUUUAGUCGGAGCAGCAACCUUAUUUCUCAUAAAAGGAUCCACACCGGAGAAAAACCCUAUAAAUGCAUGGAGUGUGGGAAGAGCUUUAGCGAAAACAGGUCCCUUAAAAUUCACAUGAGGAUCCAUUCAGGAGAGAAGCCUUAUAAAUGCACCGAGCAUGGAAACGCUUUUAGUCAAAGCUCUACACUAAUUUCUCACCAUAGGCUUCAUACAGGGGAAAAGCCAUAUGAAUGCCUGGAGUGUGGGAAACUCUUCAAAUGGAGCGGUUAUCUUACAUCCCACAGAAGGAUGCACGCAGGGGAGAAACCAUACCAGUGCUUGGAGUGUGGGAAGAGCUUUGGUCAAAAAAGCCAUCUUACUUCUCACAAAAGAACCCAUAGUGGGGAAAAACCUUAUAAAUGCACCGAGUGCGGAAAGGACUUUUCCCAGAGUAGUCACCUUCAUUAUCAUAGAAGGAUCCACAACGGGGAGAAACCUUAUGAAUGCACGGAAUGUGGUAAGACUUUCCGGAGACGAUGUGACCUUAAAUGCCAUAUAAGGAUCCACACAGGAGAGAAGCCAUACAAAUGUCUGGAGUGCGGAAAGAGAUUCAGUCAGAAUUGUUCCCUUAGGUCUCAUCAAAGGAUCCACACAGAAGAGAAAUCGUAUAAAUGCCCAGUGUGUGAAAAAAGCUUCCGAUGGAAACAUUGUCUGGUUUCCCAUAAAAGGAUCCACACAGGAGAGAAACCGUAUCAAUGCAGGGAGUGCAGAAAGAGCUUCAAUUCGAGCAGCACUCUUGCUAUCCACAUGAGGAUUCACUCGAACGAAAAAAGGCAUAAGUGCACGCAGUGCGGAGUGAGUUUCAGUCAGAGGGCUUACCUAGUUUCUCAUAAAAGGAGCCACAAGGGAGAGAAACCAUACACGUGUGUGGAAUGUGGGAAAGGGUUCCAGAAAAGCAGCUCCCUUGUAUACCACAAAAGAAUCCACAUAGGAGAGAAAACGUAUGAAUGUAUAGUGUGCGGGAUGAAGUUCCCUGAAACGGGAUCGCUUGUGCGCCACGAAAAGACGCACCACGGGGAGAAACCGUAUAAAUGCAUGGAGUGCGGAAAGAGCUUUAACCACAGCGCUGCCCUUACGUGUCAUAACAGAACUCACACUGGGGAAAAACCAUUCAAGUGUACGGAGUGCGGAAAGAGGUUCGCUCAAAGUGGUCACCUCAUUUCCCAUAAAAGGGUUCAUACGGGGGAAAAACCGUAUAAAUGCCUGGAAUGUGGGAAAAGCUUCACUCAGCUUUCUUAUCACAAAAGAGUCCAUAAGACAGAGAAACCAUAUCAAUGUACGGAGUGCGGGAAACGUUUUAAAUGGAAUAGUUCUCUUACUUCUCAUAAAAGAACUCACACGGGGGAAAAGCCAUAUAAAUGCGUCGAGUGUGGGAAAAGCUUUAUCACGAGUGGGAAGCUUACUUUCCAUAAAAGGAGCCAUUCAGAAGAGAAACCCCAUAAAUGUACGGAAUGUAGAAAGAGUUUUAGUCAGGCAUGCGACCUAAUUUCCCAUGAAAAGAUCCACUUAAUACCAAAGCCAUUUAAAUGUACGGAAUGCGGAAAGUGUUUUCGUUGCAGCAGUGCGCUUCGUUAUCACAACAGGACCCACACUGGGGAGGAACCUUACAAAUGCAAGGUGUGUGGGAAGACAUUCAAAACAAGCAGUAACCUUACUUCACAUAAAAGAAGGAUCCACUUGAAAAAAAAGUAAGUGCCUGGAGUAGGGGAAAAGCUUUAGUUAAGAGGUUUGACCUAAUUUCUCAUCAAUGAAUCCACCCCAAAAAGUCCUAUAUAAGUGGAACGGAGAAGUAAUUUGAAUUGAGUGCCAAGAAUUCAUACGAAGGAAUAUUGUCCUAAAAUACAGAGACGUCCUGUUGUCAGAGUCCAGCAGGGGGCUGGACUAGAAGACCUCCAAGGUCCCAUUCCAGCUCUGUUCUGAUUCUGAUUUAAGUCCUUUGCUAGCCAUAAUGUGAUGGACAGAAGAAAAUCAUGUGUGAAAGAUUAGAGAAUCUUCAGUCCUAACACGGAAUGGACUUUUUCAGCGAACACUCAUUUAUAUUGUUACUUCAGAUUCCAACUGCAAAAGGAUUAUUUUUCCAUGAGAGAGCUAGGGGUGGGAUGUUUUAAUGUUUCUUUGGCAGUUUAUUAAUGUAACUGAUAUUCAUGGUCCUUUUAUAGGAAUUAAAGUUUAUUUUUUUGCUUUAGUUUACAGACACUGGGUUUAAUACUGUAUGCCGCUCACAGCUGUCAUAGAAAUAAAUAACUUUGCUAAAAUGUUUGCUUGGAUGUUCUAUACCAUGGGUGUCAAAUUCUCCAUGUCAUGUGACAUAUCACAAUGUUUUUCCCCUUGGUGGAGCUGGAGUGGCUGUGGCCUGCAUGUGACGCUCCCAGCCCACGAGCCGCCAGUUUGACACCCGUUCUAUACGAAUGAGGCUACACUGCACAUUAAUGCAAAGAGGAAGAAUUAAGUCAAUGAUACUCAGGGUAUAGAAAUAGGUCUGAAAAGAAGAAUGCUACUUAUAUUAAAAUACAUUUCAAGAAGAAUGUUAUACCGUGUUUUCCUGAAAAUAAGACCCUCUUAUAUUUUUUUGAACGCUGAAAUAAGCGCUUGGCUUUAUUGCCAUGCACUCAAAAGCCCGAUUGGGCUUAUUAUCAGGGGAUGUCUUAUUUUGUGGGAAACGGUAUCUGGGAUAAAAGAUGUAGGUCACGUCUAGAUGGCAGCAAUAAAUUAGGAUAUA